AUGGUCGGUUUCAAAAUAGCGAAUAACAAGAGUGUGGCUGUAAUAAAAAUGGAUGAAACUCAAGUGGGGACGUUCCCUUCAAAAUCUAAGCAACACAACGAUAAUUUAACAUCAACAGUUCUUACCCACAGAAUACAAGCUAAUUUGAAUGUACUCAAAUGCAAAUUGGGCCUUGAUUUAGUUAACAAAAGUAGAUUGUAUCAGGACAAAAAAGAUGAUUUCGCUUUUAACGAAUCAAAACCGUUUGUACUCAAGUUUAUUGAGCAGAAAAAUAAAUUAUUCAGAAGUCAAGUAAACCUUGAAAAAAUCAAUGAUGCUCAUAUCAAUACAAUGUCACAGGACGGAAAUUCCUCUAUAGAGAAAAGAAGAUCAUUGCCGAAAUUGAAGCAUACUGACCAUUCAUUAGCAAUAAUCCCUAAAACUGGAACAGUGAACAAACUCGCUACUGAUUAUCAAGUUAAACAACAAUAUCCCAAUAAAAUGACAUAUGAACCUUCUAAUGAAUGUAAUAGUGCAAAUCAAAUACACCUUCUAUUCAAUAAUCAUAAUGAUAUUCAUGAUCAAUUGAAGAUUAUAUCUUACUUUAAGGGUAAACAACUGAAAUAUCAAGCCAAUUAUCCAAAUACAAAUAGUAACUUAUUAAAGGUAGAUAAAACAAAGAAACUACCAAACCUAAUUAAACUGAAUCCAAUAGAAGAAAUUGUUGUCAGCGAUUAUCAAGAUGGAGACUUUACAACUACUGGAAUUCUAGGACAAAAUAAAUUUGAUUAUAGCUUGAUUAAGAAUACAACAAAUAAAAAUACUAUGAAAAGGAAAGAUUCAACAAAUUCUAUUUCAGAGAAGGUACCAUUUUUAUGUUCGAAUACAACAAAGAAAUGUUGUACAUAUGGAAUACGUGAACCAAUUGAACCAUGGUUUCCAUUAGAUUCAUUAUUUAUAGAAAGUAAUAAGAUGAACCAAAAUGUCACUUCAUAUUUACGCUUGAAUAGGUCAAAAAGUUGUGAUACUAAAUAUGUUAACAAUUCUAAAUUACCAUUCAAAUCUGAAUCCAAUUUAUAUCAUAGUUCACCAAAUUUAAUGAAUCAAUCAUUUGGUGAUUUGGUUAUAAAUCAAAAUUUCUCAAGUCUAUUAAAUGAAUUAACCCAACAAAGGAAGUUAAUAUUAGAUAUGGAAGAUCAGACUGCUAGUAAUCUUGAAGAAAGGAUAUCGCCAGGAUAUUGUACUCCCAGCGGAAAGAAUAAAGUCUUAACAAUGAUCCAUUCGAAUAAUGACGGUCUUGUUCAUCCUUCUAAUCAUGUGAAUGAUUUGGAAAUAAGUUACCAUACCGAAUCAGUGAAUAGGGUUGGUAACCAUGGCAACAAAAUCGAUCAAUAUUUAAAUAAUCAACCUAUAUCGAUUAAACAAUUCAUUCAUUUAAAUUCAUCUGAUCUAUUAUUAUUAUUAUCAUCAUCAUCAUCAAAAAUCAAUAAUGAUAAGAAUUAUUUACAAAUUGAUUGGAAUAAAAUAAUACAAAAAUUACCUAAAAAUAUUGAAUCAAUAUUAAAAUAUUUUGGAUCAACUAAACAAGAUCAAUUCAUGAAUAUUAAGUUAGUUACAAAUGAAAUAGAAAACCUUACACAAGAAAUCAACAAAAAUUCAUCUACGAGAUUAGGUUUCGAUUUAUGUCGACGAGGUGCUUUAUAUAGAAAGAUUGGAAGAUUACAAGAUGCAAAAGCUGAUCUUCUUAGAUCUAUUCAACUUGAAUCAAAAUUAUCAUCUGCCCAUUGGAAUAUACAUUUUAUAUACUUACUUGAAGGUAAAACAAAAGAAGCAUUAUAUCAUUUAGAACAAUGUAUGAAAUAUGCUAAUAUAAUUGAACCAAUACAAAAUACUACUUAUAAUCAUAAUAUAAGUAGUAGUACUACUACUAUUAAUACUACUGAUAGCAGUAAAACUAUAAGUAGUAUACAAAGUUUCAAUACAAAUUUCAACCAGCUUUAUUAUAAUAUACUCAAUUCAAAAGCCCUUAUUUAUUCUAUAUUGAAUGAUUCUACAAUGGAAAUGGAGACAUGGACCAAACUGAUUCAUUAUAAUCCAACAUAUGAAUUAGCUUAUGAGAAAAGAGCUAAUCUUUAUCUUAAGUUAAAAAUGUAUCAACAAGCAUAUACUGAUUUUAUGAAAAUCCUCUAUUUAAAUCCUAAAUCAUUCAAUGCACAAUUUCAAUGUGGUUUAUAUAAAUUCCAUAUGAACGACUGGAGAAAAGCUAUCACUUAUUUUCAAAUGGUUCUUGUACAUAAGCCAUCACAUUAUGAAGCAAGAUAUUAUCUAGCUAGAUGUUUAAUAAAAUUGUCUAAUUAUAAUAAAGCUUUAGCUGAAUUAACAGCUAGUCUUUAUUAUCAACCAAUCUAUUAUAAAGCUUUAUUUACACGUGGUUGCCUUUUAACUAAAGCUUGUCCAUUACAAUCAUUACGUGAUUUAACAUUAUGUAUAUAUAUUGGUAAUAAAAAAUAUCAAACUAUGGCUUUAAUUCAACGUGGAUUAAUCUUAUAUCAAUUAAAAAAAUAUAAAAUGGCGCUAAAUGAUUUUCAAACAGUUUUAACUUAUAAUGUAGAUCAUCUAUAUACGGAUAUUUAUCGUUUAAUAGGAUUAACAUAUAUCCAAUUGAAUCAACCAAAUAGAGCUAUUGAAGUAUAUACAGAAGGCAUAAAUAAACAAAUAAUACCAAAUAUAAACAUUUUAUUAUGUAGAUCAGAAGCUUAUUAUCAAUUAAAUCAAUUUAACAAGGCAAUAUUCGAUUUACAACGUGUCAUACAUUUAAGUCCACAUUUAGAAAAUCAUUAUUUAUUAUUUGCAAAUUAUUUGCAUAAAUUGGCAAAUACUCAAUUGGUUCAACGUUCUAUACAACAAUAUUUAAGUUUAGCUGAAAGUGAUAAGCAUAAACAAGUUGAACAAAUGGCAUUAGCAUAUUAUUAUUUGAAUAGAUAUAAAGAGGCUGAAAUAGUUUUAUUGGAAGAUUUAAAACAUCAACCUGUAUUCAAUAAGACUUUAUUACUUGGUCUUAUAUUAGAUAAACAAAAUAAAACAAAAGAUUCCAUUGAAUUAUUAAUAAAUAGUAUAAAUCAAUUACGUUGUACAAAAUCUGAGAAAGCAGAAAUCUAUAAUCAUCUUGGUCAAUAUUAUAUGAAAAUAGGAAAUUAUUUAUCAGCUAUUCAUGCUUUUACAACUUUCAUUCAAUCUAAUCCUCAUAGACCGCAUGUUUACUUAUAUCGUGCACAAUCUGCUUGCCGAUUAAUAGCUUUACAACAUCAAGGAGAAACUAUCUUACCAGACAAUUUCAAUGAUAAUGUACUAGACGAUAUAAGUCAAGCAUUAGUAUUGAUCCAUUCGAACAAGUCAUCGGUUAAUCCAAUCCAUUUCAAUGGACCUAUUAAAUAUGUUAAUAUCAUUGAUCAAUGUUUAUUGACAAGAAUUAUAUACUUUGGUAUAAAUCAACGUUAUACAAAAGCUAUCCUAAAUUGUAAUGAAAUUAUUCAUAGAAGACCAGAAUGGACAAGAAUAUGGAUUUAUCGUGGUGUAUUUAAAUAUUUAUUAAAAACUUAUGAUUUCUGUGAAGCUGAUUUGAAUAUAGCUAUAGAAAAAGAUCAAAGAUCAUCUUUAGCUUAUUAUCAUCGUGGUUUAUGUCAUCAAAUAUAUAAUAAAUGGGAUGAAGCAAUUGAAGAUUAUCAUUAUGCUAUUCAAUAUGGUACUUUAUAUGGAUCCAUUCAACUUUAUAGUUUCAUUAAUAGAUCUAUUAUCUAUAUAGAAAAGUAUCAAGAUUAUCAUAAAGCUAUAAAUGAUCUAUAUCAAGCUAAAAUGAUUAUGGAUAAAUUAAUGGGUUGUACCUAUGAUCAUGAUAAUAAUAGUGAGACAACUAAAAUGAUCUCAGAAUUAUUGUUUAAACUAAUGUAUACCAUUGGUAUUUGCCAUCAAAGACUUGACAUGUAUACUGAAGCAGAACAGAUAUUACAUCAAUUAACCAUUCAACAACCAGAUUUUCUAAAAGGACAUAUUGCCUAUGCUAAUUGUUUAAUGGAUUAUGAAGGAUAUAAUAUAAAAAUGGGUAUAAAUCAUUCAAUGAAUCUUUGGAAUCAAGCAUUAAGUGUCUAUGAAUUUGCUUUAAAAAUGGAUGAAUUAAACUUGGAAGCUAGUAUUGGUUUAUCAAUGUGUUUGCAGGUUUUAGGACGUUUAAAUGAUGCAUUAAAACAAAUUACACAUACUUUAAAUAUAUAUUAUGAUUAUCAAGAAUCUAAUUCUAAUGAAUUCAUUGAUAAGAAGCAAAACCCGUCAUCUAAUAAUCAGAAUAGAAUACUAGCUGAUGCUUAUGAUUGUAGAGCUAUUAUAUAUUUACAACUUGGAAGACCACAAUGUGCUAUUGAUGAUCUUACAGUGGCAAUUCGUUUAAAUCAUUAUUCUGCAAAAUAUCUUGUCAAUCGUGGUGUUGCAUAUUUUCGUAAUCAUCAAUUGAUGCCUGCUAUGAUUGAUUUCAAAAAUGCAAUACAACUUGAUUCAACAAAUCAUUUAGCUUAUUAUCAUCAAUCAUUAAUUUAUUUACAUCAUGGACAAAUUGAACAAUCUGAAACUAUAAUUAAUAUACUACUUAAUUAUAAUAACCAAUCAAUAUGUUUAGAUCCAAGUUCAUGGUUAUUACGAUCCAUUAUUAGAUUGAUCAAAUAUCAAUCAAAGAAUAGUGAUCGUCAUCAUCAUCAUCAUAAUGAUGAUGAUGGUGAUCAAUUAUUAAAAGAAGCCUUGAAUGAUAUCCGUCAAGCUGAACAACUUAUCUUACCUAAAUUAAAUGAUCAAUUGACAUGUUGGCCACAUUUACAUUAUACUAAAGGACAAAUUUUAUAUCAAUUAAAGAAAUAUAAAGAAGCUGAAGAAGAAUUUACAAAAGCUCUCAGUUUGUUACCAUCCAAUAAGUAUUUCUAUGAAAUACGUUGUAAAUGUCGUGAAGAAAUGUAUCGUACCGGUCUGAGUAACUCAUAUGAAAAUGUAUUAACAGAUUAUCGUUUAUCACUUUUGGCUAAUGAUUGUACUAUCUAAUAACUUCUAAUUGAUACAAUUAUAUAUACUUAUAUGAUA